CACUCUAGUCUAGGGUAUACGCAAAUUACUAAUAUAACCUUGUAUUUCUUAUUUGGUGAAGCACAAGAGCGGCCUAAUCUCUCUUGCCGUUUUGCCUUACCAUCAAGUGGCAUCAACCCUCCCUUUUUGGAGGAUCCCACAACCCCACAACCCACAACCCACAACCCCUAAAACACAAGUAAGUUGAACUUUUGAUUUUCCCACAACUAAAAAAAAGAACACCCAAUUAACCAAAACCGCAAAAAGAAUAGUUAGAGAGAGGAAAAGGAAACUUGAGAAUCUUGAGAAAAGCAAGAAAAAAAGCUCCAUUAACAAUUUCUAGGGUUCUCUACCCACUUCUUUUGUUUUCCAAACUUUGAAGCUUAUUCAUGAGGAAGAAGGGUAGAUUUUGGUCAAGUUUACUUUGAAAAAGUGUAAGUUAAUCCUUUGAAAAGUUAUCCCAAAUUCACCAUUAAAAUUUCAUUAGUCACUUCUUAACCCCUCAAUUGACUUGGAUAGUGUUCUUUUGUCAAGAAGUAGAAGCCAAAUACAUGGGACAAAGUAUUUUUAAGCACCAAGUUUCCUCCUUUUUAUGUGAGUUUGUUUAUUUCUUCCAAGUUUUACUCUCAUUUGAAGUCAAGAUUUAAUUUUUGUCAUUAUUUUAGUUGCUAAAUAUCAUCUGGAUUGCUUGCUAUUACACUCAAUAAAGGUGGGUUCUUGAAAUCAUGAUUGGGUUAUGUGAAAAAUCAAUGCUUUUGGAGAUGGGUUCUUGAAAAACUUCAAAUCUAUGACAUUAUGGUGUGAUAUUACUCAAUUAAAAGGAGAGAAAUCUCAUCUUUGGGUAUGCUCAAUUUGUUAACAUGUCAUUAGUUCAAUCAUCAUCCUCAUCAUCAUCAUCAUCAUCUUGGUCAUCUACAAAUAAUCAUGAUUUGUUUCAAAGAGAUACAACUCCACAAACAACAUCAUCUCCAUCAUCUUCUUCUUCAAGUGGAAAAAUUAGUCCUGCAAUUCUGUUUAUUAUAAUUAUUUUGGCUGUAAUUUUCUUUAUUUCUGGUCUUCUUCACUUGUUAGUUAGAUUCUUUACAAAGCACAGAUCAUCCUCAACUUUUGCCCAAUCUAAUAGAUACCCAGAUAACAAUUCAAGUCCUGAUGCAUUUCAAAGGCAACUGCAACAGCUUUUCCACCUUCAUGAUUCAGGUUUAGACCAAGCUUUUAUUGAUGCACUUCCUGUAUUUCAAUAUAAGGAAAUUGUGGGUUUAAAAGAGCCAUUUGAUUGUGCUGUUUGUCUAUGUGAGUUCUCAGAGCAAGAUAAACUAAGAUUACUACCUUUGUGUAGUCAUGCUUUUCAUAUUGAUUGUAUAGACACUUGGUUACUUUCCAAUUCAACUUGUCCACUUUGUAGGGGUACACUCUACACCCCAGGGCUUGCAAUUGAAAACCCGGUUUUCGAUUUCGAUGAUUUGAGGGAUGAAGAUGGGGUUGAUGGAUUAGGCCACAAGUCACUUGAGAUUGAAAUUGUGGGUGAGAAGAGGGUAUUUCCUGUGAGACUUGGCAAGUUCAGAAGUACAAGUAAUGAAGUUCAAGAACAAGUUUUGGCUAGGAAAGAAGAAGAUGUGGGUGAAACUAGUAGUAGUAGUUUAGAUGCAAGAAGGUGCUUUUCAAUGGGUUCAUACCAAUAUGUGGUUGCUGAUUCAGUUUUCCAAGUUGCAUUAAACCCAAAUAAACCUUCAACUAUUGAUCCUAAUUUGAUGAAUAUGAAAGGAAGAAUGGGUGAAAAUGGGAAUUUAGCUAUUAAUAUUGGGGAUGCAGAGGCUAGAAAAAUCAAUAUUGGUACCAAAAAUGAGAGUUUAUCUGUAUCUAAGAUAUGGUUAUGGUCCAAGAAGGGCAAAUUUCCAAAUUCUUCAAAUACUGAGUUUAGUGGUUUUCCUGUUGAUAUGAGUUUGCCUUGGACUAAUAGAGGUCAAGCAACAUAAUGAAGUGAAUACAGAAUUGAGAUAUUAAUGUUGCGGUUUAAAGCUUGAUGGCAAACCUACUUAUGUUGACGAAGACUUUAUUGGAUGAGAACGAGUAUCUUCAUCCGGUUGCACGAGGCAUUGAUUCAUUUAGUGUGUAUGAGCUUGAUGGCCAACCUACUUAUGUACAUAGAACUAUAGGUGUGCACCGGUCCAAACCCAGACCGGAUCGUGUCGGAACCGGUUCGACUUGAAGACCGGAUUUUGAAAUUUUGAGGACUGGAGACCAUACCUGUUACUUCCCUACGUAGAACUGUAGAAGCCAUUAGGCUGUGGCCGGGUUGAAUAGGUUAUAUCAUCAAGCUAAAAUUGAAGAUAAAUCGCCUUAGAAGUACUUUUUUGGCAAUGAAGUUAUAAUGGUGGAUUAUCAAAUUUUUUUUUUUUUUUUUUUUUUUGGAUUCCGAGGUAAGGUCGUAGAAUUCCCUAUAUGCAGAGGUCACCCAUGAUGCUCAAAAUUUCUACUUGGAACACCAUCUUUUCAUAGUUGCUAGUAGUUGUAUUGUCUAUUCUAUCACAAAUAUAGUUAGUUACUAGUUAGGGGUUACUAACAAAGCCAUUCCACUUCAUAAGGAGAAUUAAUUCUGUAUUUUAAAUUCUUUUCCAAUUGAUUAUGAUAUGCAGAAAUAAGGGCCUACUAGCAGAAAUCAGGAACAGUUUUUUGUCAUCCAAAAGUAAAUGUAUGUCCAUUUAGUGAAUGAAACAAAUCUGAGUGUGACUCUUUGCUGCACCAAUUUGACUGAGUUUGUGUGACAGUUGAGAUGGGCUAUACUUUUUGUUCUUAUGUUAAACAUUGAUUCAGUUUGAUCUGUGGUAUCAUGAUUUUUCCCCUUACAUACAAAAUUGAAACAUUACCAUCAAAUGUUCUUGAGAGUCACAAGUAAAAUGACUAAGAUCUGUCAGCAGAUUUGGUUUUGGUAUUACUAUAUCGGUCGAUCAAUUCAAAAAAUUUGAGCAUGGUAUGACCUACUUACACUCGAUAUCGAACUAUCGAUAAGCGAGUUAGUGUUUUGUUUUUCGAUAGGAAGUUUUUAGGAAAAUGGAAGGUUUGAGUGUUGAUAACUUUAACACUUGAUUUGAAUUGAAGGAAUUGAAAGGAAAGAGAUGAAAGUGAUUUGGAGAACUACUAUUGGAUAACAAAUUUAAAAAGGAGGGGUUUGAAAGGAAAGCGAUUUGAAGGAAUUUAAUUUUAGCUUUUUAAAAGCAUUUUGUUAAUAGUGAUAGGAUGACGACACAAAUCAAGUAAAUCAAAUACCCUUAGGAACUUCAUUCAGCAAGUCUUAUAUGAGACCGUCUCACCAUGAGAUGAUCUAUUAAGGAAAAACAUAAAGAAAAACAAUGGAAUUUGAAUUUGUACAAAGCAGUAAAUUUUUUUUUUUAAAAGUUUUGAUUGACCCAAUUGAAGCCGACGGUUUGAAUAAAAAAUUAGGAAACUUCAUUUGGUUUUUAUUACCAACGGUCGUAAAUUUCUAUACUAAAUAAACUGUUUAUUUUUUGUCUGCUUUUUUAAAAAAUAUUGGUAUAUUAGGUUGGCAGAUAAAUUCUCAUACCCAUCAUCUUUACAUGUAUGUAACUUGGUCUCCAACGAGUAGCUAUACGACAUUCAAAUUCAUACCCGUAUCAAACUUGUAAUUAAUCUUUUUUUUUUUUGUUAACAGUUAAAAUUAUUGAUUUUGUCAACUUUUUUAAUUACCAAGCUAUUGGGCAAUGCAACCCAAUUCCCAAAUACAUAUACAAAGGGGUUAAUAGGGGGGGUAGGUUUAUUUAUGUUUUGAAGGUAUGUUUAUAAAGCUAAUACUUCGAGUAAACUAAAAAACUUUGUACAUCAUUCAUUGAACUUGGAUAAUAGAACUCUAAUUUUUAGAACAUUGAAGGAUAAAAAGCAAAAGAGGUUGAAGACUUAGAAGGCUACAAGAACCCAACUUAAACUAAUGCAAAUUAGGUGCUUUUCAAAGGGUUCGGGCUUAAGUGAUAAGUUAAUUGACAAAGAGCUACUCUUGUUAUCGGUGAGAUUAGCUCAAAACAAGAAGCUUUAUAUGCUAAUGAUUUGUAUUAGUUGUAUUGUUUAACACAUAUAUAAAGUGUGUCUCACGGUAUGACCAUCUCAUACAAGAAUUUGUAAUUGAUUAAUAUGAUCAUUAUGAAUUUAUGAUCUUCAAUAGUUUCAUUCAGUAUUUUUCGUUUUGUUAUAUUUUUCAUGCUAAAACUUAUUUUAAAAAGAAAAUACAUCAAAAUAAAUGGAAUAUAAGGAGUAAGAAAGAACAAUCACAUGGAGAAAUACUAGGCCCUUGGUUAUGCAGGCUACAAGGGUCAUCAUUGUUUUAAAUCUAUUUAAGCCCUAAUUUUCUCCCCAUAGUAAUCUGUACGAACAUGUUGAUGCAAAGUCAACUCGAUCGAACCAAGAUUGAUAACAGAAAACACAAGCUACUCAAGCUAGUAAAGUGGUAAGUAGUUUUUAUUAUGCAUAAUCAAGGGAUGGAGCAAAAAUUUUAAAGGUUUAAUUUAUUUUUACAAUGUCUUUUAUAUAUAAUUAUUAAUUAUGAACAUUGUAGGAGUAUGUUAUAUCAAUAUGCACUAUUGUGCACAAUUAUAAUCCAUAGAAAUUACUAAUAAGAAAAAAUUAAUUAAUUUUUAUUACGAGGUCAAGAUUCUGAGACAUAUUAUAAAGUAGUAUACAGUUUAGAGGUUUUAUGAAUUUGUAUUUCAUUAAAAUUUGUAUCUCAAUAUAAAGUUUCAUAAAUUUAUACUUUAUUAAAUUAUAAUGGUUAGUUUUAAAAGUGAGACUCAACUUUUUAUUGUUGUGUGUACUAAAGCUUCGGUACUUAGACGGCAUUUCACAUUAGCAUGAUGGCAUUAUUUUGUGUUUCUACUAUACAAAGCUAACUACCUUCUACCUUCUGUUCAGUAUAAGUAUUUUAUUUAUUUUUGACAUUAUUUAUUAAUUAUUUUUAAAUUGUCUUUAUUCAUAAUUUAUAAGCUAUAUCAUAAUUAUGCUAAUUAUUAUUUAAUUCGUUCUAUUACGAAGAUUAUUAAUUUUUAAUUUUUAUAAUUUUUAAUUAUGUAUAAUUAAAGAUAUUAAUUAUAGAAAUAGUACAACGACAAAUAUAUCCAGUAAAAUGUGAC